AUGGAGUAUAUAGAAAGAGAUGACGAACCUUAUCUCUUUUCUAUAGAUUAUAGUGCUAUAUCAUCAAUAUCAGCAUCAUCACCAUUUUUAGGUGGUGCUAUUAAUAUAGAUUACCCAUAUAUGUCCCGGGAAUAUAUGCCUUCAAUUCUAGGUUCUGCUCAUGGUUUAGUUUGCAUUGAUACAUAUCCAAGUGAUAUCUGCGUUUGGAACCCCACUACCCGAGAAUACAAACCAAUACCAGUACCGUCAUCCUACUCAAAACCUUAUUAUUGUCAUGCACAUGGGUUUGGUUUUGAUUGCAAGAACGAUGAUUAUAAGAUGGAGGAUCGUGAUAUAUGCACACACAUUGAUGUGUGGGCAAUGGCGGAUAACAAAUGGAGUAAGCAUUUGGAGAUUACUGCACAUGUGACAGAUAUGUACUUUGGAAGUCCAUUUCAAACUUCACAGAAUGGUGACAUCCUAUUUGAAGGUGGACCAGAGACGGAGGAAAGAGGCCGUUGUUUGAUUUCAUAUGACCCUAAUCUUGAAAGAGUUAGAGCGCAUAUACAGGGUUUCCCAUACGGGUGUGAUGUGGAGACUUAUAUUGAGACGUUAAUAGCGCUCAAGUCUGGUACUUAUGUUGGGCAAGAACAGAAAAAGAAACAAAGACGAAAAAGAAGAAACAGAAAAUAUUGA